AUGACUUCUGAAUUCCCAGUAUAUCCAGAUCUGAAGGGCAAGGUUGCCCUAAUCACCGGCAUUGGCCAGGUUGGCAUACCGAAUUCGAGUACCUGGGGCAAUGGAGCAGCAACAGCCCGAGUCCUUUCUCACAAUGGAGUCAAGAUCGUCGGAUGCGAUCUCAACCAGGAGGCUGCCGAGUACACCAAGCAGAGACUCCUUCAAGACAACCCCCUGGCGGUCUGCGAUGUCCUGAGCGCAGACAUGACCAAUCCCGGCGACAUUCAGAAGUUUGUGCAGACUGCCAUGGACAAGUACGGCCGGAUCGACGUCCUCUAUAACAAUGUCGGAAUGACAUUGCCUGGUGAUCCUGGCAGCAUAUCCGAGGAGACCUGGCAACGACAGUUAGACCUCAAUCUGAACAGCGUGUUCAGAUGCUGCCGUCUGGUACUCCCAAUCAUGGAGAAGCAGGGCUCUGGAAGUAUCAUCAACAACGCCUCCAUAACCGCCGUGAGGUAUAUUGGCAAGCCGCAGAUUGCAUACGCCACAGCCAAGGCUGCCGUCAUUCAAUACACCAAAGCUACGGGGUGUAUGUACGCAUCACGAGGCGUGCGAAUGAAUUGCGUUGUACCCGGAUUGAUGUACACGCCGCUUGUCGAGAAUCUGGAACGUUCCGAGAAAGAGGAAGAUCGAGAAGUUGCGAGGAAGAUCACGCAGCACAACGUGCCGAUGGGUAAGAUGGGGGAGAGUAUCGAUGUUGCCAAUGCGGUCGUGUUUCUGAGUAGUAAUGCUUCCAAGUAUAUCACAAGCCAUGCGCUGGUGGUGGACGGUGGUAUUACCGAGUCUACUGGAACCGGUGGCAUCUGA